AUGGAACCACGAUCAACUCCCACCCAACAAUUGAACCGCUCCUGCGAAUCCUGCCGCUCCUUGAAAGUGCGCUGUCUGCCCGACGCAAAUAAUGCCAACCAAUGUCAACGGUGCGCAAAGGCGAAGAGAGCAUGCAUAUUCGUCGCUCCACAGCGGCGUCGCCCACGCAAACGGACCGACACUCGGGUCGCUCAAUUGGAGAGGGAGAUGGCCGCAAUGCGCUCAGCACUGAAAGACCGACGACAUCUGGCUAUCGAUGAGAGUGCUGGUGAAGAGGAUACCGAGAGCGUGAGAGAAGAUGAAGAGGCGGCGGACGAUGUAGAUUUCGGAUCCGAGACCGCGAAACGACCGCCGCCGAAUUAUCAGGAAAUUCAAUACGUUUCGUCCAACAGGACCUCUCAUGACAUAUCGCAGUCCCCCGGUCUUCAUUCUACCUCGCAAGUGUCUCGUGACGGAAGCUCUCCACUGGGCGGCACCCCGGCAUUGACCCUAACUUCGAAUUUUCUUGAUCCGAAUGGUGAUUUGGAUGUUAUAGAUCGUGGUAUUAUCUCGAUGAAUACGGCGGAGGAUUUGGUAUCGCUGUUUAUCAAUGAUCUGCUGGUUUAUUUUCCGUUCCUGGUAUUUCCCAAUGAUACAACUGCCCGUCAUCUCCGGGCUACGAAACCCGUGCUUUUUCUGGCCAUCCUAGCAGGUACUUCGAUUGCGGUUGACGUGGGUCUCGCAAAUACCCUCAACCGUGAACUGCUUACCAUGUACGCGCAGCGGUUCUUUUUCAAAGCGGAAAAGUCAUUGGAAAUGGUGCAGGCUCUUCUCGUGAUGAAUGUAUACUAUCUACCUCCGGAGUUGCCGUCCCAAAUUCAAGCAUAUCAAUACGCGCAUAUCGCCGCUACCAUGGCUUUGGAGAUUGGCAUUGCGUCAAGGAAGCGCACGCCUCGAAAACCGACGCCGGGUCAGGGACAAGCCAAGCCGGUGCACAGGUUUGAUGAACAGAUGGUCGAACAAGCUCGUACGAUCUUAGCUUGCUAUCAUCUAUCUUCAAAUGUGGCUAUGCGAACACGCCGACCUAAUUUACUGCCCUGCAAUGACUGGAUCAAAGAGUGUGUAAGGUUGCUCUCUCGCUCUCCGUAUAGUUCAGACAGACGAUACGCCAGCUGGUUCGGUCUUCAAGUCAUAACAGACGAGGCGCUGUCAUCAUUUGGUCUUGACGAUACUAGCUCGACGGCUCCGCUGUCUGAAGCUCGCGUAAACGGCGUGCUCCGACUGUUUGAUAAAAAGAUGGAAGACUGGGAAGAGGAUAUUGAUCCUGAUUAUCUUACUGUUCCAAUGAUACUCGAGCACCGAUACACCACACUGGUGGUCUACGAGCUCGGUAUUGGGGAAGGGUACCGCGAUCCCGACGCCAUCAAGCGACAAUAUUAUACCCUCCCUGUUCCCGAUGGAGACACGGCCCUCAAGCGGGCAGCGGAACCGCUUAGCGCGAUUCGAGUUGACCUCACCAUCAAGUGGAUGCACGCGGCACAAGGAUUGCUCGACACGUUCCUGAAAUGCGACGUUCACACUAUGCGAAAAAUGCCUAAUUUGACGUAUUCGCGUACCGUCUUGGGGAUUAUGGUUCUGCUGAAGAUCUUCUUUUCUGUCAAGUCUGGAGCUUUGGGAGAAGUCAUUAAACCCGAUACCGUCAAGGUCGAGGAUUACCUAGAGCAAUUAACUGAGAGACUGACUGAAGCGAGCGCCGGAUCCAAAUACCCCAUUCCAACACGAUGGCUGCUUGUUGUGGGAGGCAAAUCACGAGACUGGUUGCAACGAUUUCAGAAACACUGCAAGGAUCAAGAAGCGCAGCGGCGGGCCCAAUACACCGCUGGAAACAAUACUAACGCCGGGAACAAUAGUGAAGUCGCUAUCGGUCCUUCGACUUCAACGGUGUCGGAUUCCUGGCAUGGAGGGAUUAUACCGGUGCCGGCACCAACUACAUAUCACGGAGUGAAUUUCUCGUACACCAGAGAACAUUUACUACCACAACAGCAACAGCAGCAGCAGCAGCAGCCACCCCCGCCGCCGCCACUCCAAGCUGAGAAUUUGCAGCAAUCUAAUCAAUUCGGUGGCUACCCUGCAGUUCAAGAGACCGGCGACGUGACCAAAGGUCCUACAACGACGACCCGGAACACAUACUACCCCAAUUACACUCAAUCCACCUCUUGGGCACGACCAGCAGUUUCGCAGGCAAACGAGUACCAAAUACCCGCACAAAAUGUCUGGAAUUUCCAGCAGCGACAACUGCAACAACAACAACAACAAGUAGUAAAUCUACACCACCAACCCUAUCCCCCUGCAGUGGGCGGCAACCGUAAUGACCCCGGCACGUACCCGAUAGACAUGGAAUUCGACUGGGUUCCCGAACAGGGUAUAUUCCAAUUACCAACUUUCUAA